AUGGGACCACAAAGACGGUUGGGAAUAUAUAAUGGAUAUGAUUCUCCAUCUAUUAUACGAUACCUAGAACCACUGACUGGUGAUGUUUUUACGGCACGAUUUGCCGAUUGUCACUUUGAUGAGAAAGUAUUCCCGGUUCUAAGAGGAGAAAAUAAGGGUGUAGGAAAGGAUAUCAAAUGGAGUGUACCAUCUCUGUUACACCUUGAUCCUCCCACUAAACAGUCAGAACUAGAAGUUCGACGAAUUAUGCAUUUGCAGAGUAUAGCAAACCAGCUACCUGAUGCAUUUGCAGAUACCAAGACGGUUACUAAAUCACAUAUAACAGCUGCAAAUACUCCUGCUCGUAUUGAUAUACCACAAGAACGUGGAAAAGCAGAUGAUACACGUGAGUCUAGAACACGCUUGAAGCGUGGUAGACCUGUCGGUUCCAAGAACAAAAAUCCUAGAAAACGAAAGGAGGCUGAAAUGCAUAAUACUCCCAAAAUAGCAAGUAUUUUGGAAGAAGUAAAUCACGAAACUAAUGAUAAUCCAGAGCCCCAAGAACCUUAG